AUGACAACUGUGAGGUACGAACAAGGGGCAGAGCUGACAGAAGCAUCUGGCUCUCCAACUGCUGAAGAGCCCACAGUGAAGAUUGAUGAUGGCCGUGAUGAGGAUAAUGAACCAGACAGCUGUUCAAAUGCAAUUAGGAGAAAAAUUUCCCCAUUUGUGAUGUCUUUUGGAUUCAGAGUAUUUGGAGUUGUGCUUAUCAUUGUGGACAUUAUAGUUGUUAUUGUGGAUCUGGCUAUCAGUGAGAAAAAGAAGGGUGUUAGAGAGAUUCUUGAAGGUGUUUCACUGGCAAUAGCACUCUUCUUUCUCAUUGAUGUUCUCCUGAGGGUGUUUGUUCAAGGCUUCAGGAACUAUUUCCGCUCUAAACUGAAUAUUUUGGAUGCAGUCAUAGUGGUGGGCACUCUGUUAAUUAACUUGACAUACUCCUUCUCAGACCUUGCAGCGGCAGAUCAGAUACCAAGAAUGGUUACUCUCCUCCGAGUUCUGAGAAUUGUAAUCUUAAUAAGAAUAUUUCGCCUGGCUUCACAAAAGAAGCAACUUGAAGUGGUGACCCGGAGAAUGGUCUCUGAAAACAAAAGGCGAUAUAUGAAAGAUGGCUUUGAUCUGGAUCUCACUUACGUUACUGAUCGCAUUAUUGCAAUGUCAUUUCCAUCUUCUGGGAAGCAGUCUUUCUAUAGAAACCCUAUAGAGGAAGUUGCAAGAUUUCUGGACACCAAACAUGCAGACCACUAUAAAGUUUACAAUCUCUGCAGUGAAAAAGGCUAUGACCCCAAGUACUUCCAUUACAGGGUGGAAAGGAUCUUUAUUGAUGACCACAAUGUCCCAGCGUUACAGGACAUGCUGAAAUUCACUGCCAGUGUCCGUGAAUGGAUGAGUCAAGAUGAAAAGAACAUCAUAGCCAUUCACUGUAAAGGAGGCAAAGGCAGGACUGGAACAAUGGUCUGUACCUGGCUCAUAGACAGUGACCAGUUUGAGAGUGCAAAGGAGAGUUUGGAUUACUUUGGGGAGAGAAGAACUGAUAGAAGCACAAGUACCAAGUUUCAAGGAGUUGAAACUCCAUCCCAGAGUAGGUAUGUUGGGUAUUAUGAGAUCCUGAAAAACAAGUAUAACUUGAAACUCCCACCAGAGAGACAACUCAAAAUAAAAAACCUCAAAAUCCACUCUAUACAUGGAGUUGGGAAAGGCAAUGGAACUGAUAUGAAGGUGCAGAUAAUAGUGAGGAAGGAAGUUGUACUAGAAUGUGUAUGUGCCAGCCAAGAAAACUGCAAGCUCUUCUUUGAUUCUGAAAGUGACUCUGUAGUCAUUGGCUUGGAACAUAGCCCUGUUAUAAGUGGUGAUGUGAAAGUCAGAUUUGAAUCACGUUCUGAUCUUCCAAAAGGCUAUGAUGAUUGCCCAUUCUUCUUCUGGUUCAACACUUCCUUUAUUGAAAAUAAUAGGCUCUACCUUCCCAGGAAUGAGCUGGAUAACCCUCACAAGUCUAAAACAUGGAAAGUCUAUAGUGAGGCAUUUGCUGUGGAGGUGAACUUCAUUGAACCCUAAGGGAAAGCCAAAAAGAAGGAAAAUAUGUAAAGUUGAUCUCUUUCUGGAGA